GUAGUCAAGCUAGUCAAGUCAAGAUGAGAGCAGAAGAAUUAGAGAAAAUUCUCAAGGCUCAAUCUGAACAGAUCAGUCAGCAGUUUAGUCAGCUAGUCAAAGGAUUGAUUGGAAACAAUCCGAGAGUCGAAGAUUCUAGUGAAAAGCAGUCAUCAGAGUUAUAUUGGAAAUUGCAGUCAUUAGUCGGAGAAUUCAAUGCAGACAUCGAGAGAGGAGUCACAUUCGAGUCUUGGUAUGAUAAGAAUAAGUCAUUUUUCGAAUUCGACGGAAAGUCAUUGGCAGAAGAAGUCAAAGUCAGAUUGUUAGUCACGAAGUUAGGGGCUUGUGAGUAUGCGAAGAUAUCACAGAAGUUGAUGCCCCAGAAGUUAGAGUCGAUGAAAUUCGAAAGUCUAGUCGAUGAGUUAAAAAAGGAAUUUUGUGAUCCGCGUUCGAAGCUAGUCAGACGAUUUGAAGUAAUGAAGUUAAAGUGCCCUUGUCCGGAGAAAGUCUUAGAUUUCGGAAAUUUAGUCAAUUCUGAAUGCGAAAAAGCAGAGAUGGCCUUGUCAGUCGAGGAAGUCAAGAUCCUCAUAUUCAUUGCCGGGAUUCCCGAAGAGAUGAAUGAUUUGCGACAGAUCAGUCUAAAAUUCGUCGAACGUUAUUCGAAGACUGAAGAGUGUAGUCUGAAAAUUCUGUUAGAGGAAUGUCGCAGUUAUCUCGCAAUGAAGUCAGAGGCAAGAAUGUUCGAUAGUCAGCCAAAGGUUAAGAUCGAACCUGCAUAUUACGUUGAUGUGAAUAACGUUGCUCGCGUCGAACAUAGUCAGAGUACUCAAUUCAGAAAGUCAAGAAAUCAGCCAUGGCAAAGAGAAGGCCAAGUCAAUAGUCGAGAGUCACGUCAGUGUUACAAUUGUGGCAUGAUUGGACACAUUAGUCGAAACUGCCGGAAACCAAAGAAAUGGUUGAGCCAGGGCAAUAGUCCAGUAGUCAAUCAUGUGAAAGUCAAUUCUAGUAAUUCAGGACCACAUUGUCUGACGGUGGAGAUUCCGAAGUUAAGAGAGUAUAGUCAAAAGAGUCUUAGUCAAAAGGGCAGAAAGUCGGAAAGUCCAAGAAGUAUCAGAAGUCAGAAAAGUCAAGAGUCGAGAAAGUCUAGUUAUUCGGGAAAGUCUGUUUAUUCGAGAAUGUCGAGUCAGUUGAAAGAAAAUGAUGAAGUCAUAGUCUGUAAUAAGAAUAAAAAUGGCAAAACAGUCUGCUUGAUAGGGACAAUUCGGUAUAAAGUCGGAGAGAUAUGUAAAGUCGAAGUCCCGAAGUUGAAUACGAUAGUCACUAGAAAGGAAUGGGACCUUAGAAAGUUUGAGUCGAUGAAGCCAUUCGAAAGUCAGUCAUAUUCGAGAGAUAGUCUAGGAACUGAGGAAAGUUCGAUUCGUAGUCAAGUCUUUGAAAAUUUCAGAUUGAAGUCUAAGGAUGCACCAGAACAAGCGAGACAGUACCAGAGGAACGUUACGAUGACAAAGAUGAAAAGAAGUUUUGGAGCGAUUUGAUGAUUGGGGGCAAGUAAAUGUGAUAAUAUUGUUGAUAUUUUUGUUGUUUGUUUUUGUAUUUCCCCCUUUUUUUGUUAUUGUAAUUUUGGCCCUUGUAUGCAUUUUUUUGUUUGUUGUUGGAGUAGUAUUGAAGCACACCCAUGAGUCAAAGUCAGUCACAUAGUUC